UUCCGCUUUGGACAAGCGCUCGCAGAGACUCAUUAUCGACCAACAUCGGUGCGGUCCUUGAUGCCUUUUUCGGUUUUGUUUUGUUUUUGUUUUUUUGUUUUUAAAUUUUGUAACAGAGUGUGUUAUAUUUUGCUUCUCUUCACUUGACUUAUGAACAAAGAAGCCCCGAUGUAGGGAAAUACAUAACUCGCCUUUUUUUCAGAUGACAUUUCAACCCUCUAGACCAACAAAUAUGUCAGAGCCAGAGAUGAUGCUUACAAGUAGUUUGAAGUCAAAAGAAGUCCUCCAUCAAAGGCUGCGUUACCUGAGCGAGGCGAUCCAACGGCAGCUGCAGGAGACGGAGAGGAGGCAUAAAGAACAGUUGGAGAGCAGGAUUCAUCACAACACUCUCCUCUCACAAGAUGUAAACAAACUGCCUCUCCAGACUAAGCUGUUGGAGUUGUCUGCUCCAGUCUUGGAAUCUUCAUCGGAGUGCAAGCAACACUCCACUCGGUCUCCUGCCCGAUCACAGCAAUGUGAACGAGCGGUUUCAUGCAAAACAACGCAGCAAAAGAAAGAGGAGGAGGCUGAGGCUGAGUGCAAGAAAAAGUUCAGCGCACUUCCUGUCCCCAAUCAAGUCAGACUUCCUCUCUACCGGGAGAUGAUAGAACGGAGGGACGAGGAAAGGAAGCAAGGCUUAGAGCAAAGGAAAAGGUUUCUGCUUUCUGUUCAGAAGCCUUUCAGCUUCCAAGAGAGAGAGAAAAAAAAACAGGAGAAGCUGGUUGGACUGUUGAACCAGGCCUCACAGGAGGCAAAAAAGAAAACUGUAAAAACUGUCCAGCAGUCCUCUCCCAAAGAAGUCAAAGAGCCAGCAGACCGAGAACAUUGUAGGAUAUCCCACCUCAGCACCACAAAACAGGAGAAUCCCGAGGAGCGCAAAUUUCGCAUUGCAGAGCGCACCAGAAUGGAAAAGCUGGGAUUCCUGGAUGAGAAGCCGAGCUUCCAGCCCAAGAUCAAUCACCAGGUGCCUGAUUUCAACCGUCUGCACAAAGCUCUGCAGACACAAGUUCUGAAAACAUCACUAAGUAGAGAUCUGACCAAGUGUCAACCCUUCUACCUGAGAACAUCCGCUCUUCCUGCCAGGCAAAGUAAGUCAAGUCCGGAAAACUCACAGAUACUCAGUCAAAGUAAUCUAAGUCGAAGUAAGUCAUGUGGUGCCCUAAAAUCGUUGUCCGCAGACACACUCCCAACUUACAUCACAGAUGCAACAAGGCAACGCUGCAUGGCCAUAAGGAAAUCCAUGGAGAUAAGGGACGGGAAGAAUCAGGAGAGUGCAGACUGGCAGAGGAAAUACCAGAGCAAGUCUGAGGCCAUGAGGAAGACGGUUUCCCUCCAUGCCAAGUUGCUGGACCCUCACAAAAGCUUGAAAGAAGUCUACGACGAGAGAGUGCGCCACCAUCGGGAGGCGGAUCGACAAAGGGCAAGUGAUUACUUGCGGGAUCUGCAGGACAUGAAGGCUCGCGUUCGAAAGCGCCCCCUUUUGUUUGAACAGGUGAAACAGAGACAUGCCAAGGCGCAAGCGGAGCAGGUAUACAAGAACGAGCUGAGGAAAGUUGGUGUAGAAGAGCAGUUUGUUGAAGAAAAGGCAGGCACGGUCACGGAGCUGUCGAGAUCUAAGGGUGACACAAGCCCAGAUGUCCACAACAACUACUGCAGCUUAACAGAGGAAGAAAAUGUAGACGGGGGUGGAGAAAAUUGAAGAUGUGGAGGAGAACGGCGUUGCAGUCCAAAGGGGGAAUGAUCGUCAUGAUAAGACGGUACAAUGUUUUUGUGGCCUCCUGGCUAGAACACAACACCGUAUUCAAAUAUGACUCAUGUCUACUUAACCACACCAACAAUGGGAUACGCCAACAUUUGCAACUAUCAAUUAAAAAAAAAAUCUCAAAACAUCUGAAACCAUAGAAUCCCAAGGGGAAAACCCGCAACAAUAGUACAAAUAACCAUGUAAAUGAGCCACACAAUGUCAUACUUUAGGUGUUUGUAGAUACGAUAUUGUACUAUUAAAAAAAUAACAAUUGUGGACACUUGGUUAUCAAAAUAAACCUUUUCAAAACUCAAUGCAAGGCCCCGUUCUGUUGCAUUUGACGACGCGAGCGCCUUUUCUCACAUAGCCUGGUUGAAGUUGCGAGUCACUAUAGCCGCGCGGCCACCUAAAUAAAUCCUCGUGCAGUCACACUGACCAGCUUGGUGGUUUUUGCUGCGAGUCCACAGACCCACAUCAAUUGCUGUACUCUUGUACACUGGUCUCAAGUGGAAGGCUUUGCUUAUACAGCUGACAACUUGGAAUUUCAGAUUUUUUUUUUUUUUUUGUAAAAAAAACCACAUGAGAAUGUCUCAAUAUGUAUUCAAUCAUAAUCAAAAACUCAUCAUGGGCGAUACUGAGCGCUCCCUCUCGUGAGUGUAUCAUUCCUCAAAGCGACUGAAGUUUGUGUGACUUUGGAUCCAAAUGUCAUUGAAAAUCUGCCCGAAUGUCAAGUUAAUUUGCAUUUGGAAUGUAAGUUGCAGUCAAGAAUGCAUAGUAACCUUUUGAAAUAAAAUACCCCAAACAACGGCAUGUAAUUAUCUCCUGUCACGAUACUGUGAUAAAAAAAAA